AUGUUGCGGCUGGCGAUCGUCCUGCUCUUGGUUUCCUCCCUGCUUGCAGACCGACGCGGUGGUUGCAAUUGCAAGCGCACGACGAAAGGGCGAGAACCCCAACAAGCGCGGCGAGAAAUGCCAAGUGCCGACACUGUGGCGAACGGCCCCAACGUCAGCCACGUUCCUGCCUCCUUGGAUUGGUGCCAGCAAGGGUUUUGUGUUCCGUCGUGGAAUCAGCACAUUCCGUCCUACUGCGGGUCAUGCUAUGUGCAUGGGGCGUUGGCGAGUGCCCAAGACCGCAUCAAGAUCCUCAACUUCAAGCGCGGGUUCACUGGCGCAGACGUCAUGCUCGGCCGUCAGAGCUUUCUCAACUGCGGGUAUGGACAUGGAAUGGGGGACGGAUGUGCGGGGGGUGAGCCCCGCGACGUGUUUGAGUUCAUGACGAAGUUUGGACUGCCCGACGAGACCUGCCUUCCGUACAACGCCACCGACUACACCAAGUACACGUGGACGGCCAAUGGAACGUGCCCGCCCGAAGGUUUCUGCAUGAACUGCAUGUACACAAACGACAGCCCCGUGACGCCAGUGUGUUUUCCCGUGACAAAGGUGGUGCGGUAUCGAGCGACGGCGUACGGCUUUGUCCAAGGCGAAGCUGCCAUGAUGAAGGAGCUUCUCAAUGGACCCAUAACAUGCGGCAUCGCGGCUUCCAUCGAUUUUAUGGACAACUACACGGCUGGCAUCUACGCCGAUCGCUCGAACGCCGUCGACUUGGACCACGACGUGGAAAUUGUGGGGUGGGGUAUCGACAAGGAUGGGAUCAAGUAUUGGCACGCCCGCAACUCGUGGGGGACGUAUUGGGGCGAAGGUGGCUUCUUCCGCAUUGUUCGGGGAGUCAACAACCUCGGCAUCGAGAGCGACUGCAUCUAUGUGGUGCCUGACGUGACGAUGGAAGAUCUCGUGUGGAGCGACACGCCUGUGUAUGGAGGGUCCAUCUUUGGCCUUCGUCCACUAGAGCAUCCCCCUGGCGACGAUGUGGUCGACUCCACCACCGACGUCACUGUGAACAGCACGACUAUUCACCCCAGCAUUUCCACUGGCAUCCACCACGCCAAUUCCACCGUGUCGCUGGUUGCAAUUGCCAUCGUGUGCACGAUCGCCGUCCUUGCAAUUGGCUUUCUCGCCGGUCGCAUGAGUCGACGCCAUACGUAUCAACGCAUUCAUUAA